AUGAUGGACGUCGAUUUGUUGAGACCGGGAACUGUACCUAUUUCACCGGAUACGAUUCUUUGGUUUGAAUUUCUGUUAAACCCGUCUUUAUUGAAAAAACAUAUUUCAAAAAAUUUACCAGAUCCAUCUCCGACAGACCUGAUGAUUAAGUUUAUGUCAAUAAAUUCAGAUUCCCGGGAUACGGAGGUCAAAAUAAUUGAUUUUGAAUCAAGUGAAUCAAAAAUUAGCAACAACAAAAAAUACUCGCACAAGAGUGUUGCUUUGAAAAUUUUGUCUUUAAAAAUAGGAGCUUACUUCAAAUGGGAUUUGGAUAUUUUAGAAAUAAAACUUCCGCUUCCAAUGCAGCUGACAUUUUUGCAAGAUCUUUUUUACAUCACGGGAGAUUUUAUUAUAGAGUUACCCGGCCGACCGGAAUUUGACAUUGCUACUGUCAGCGAUCAAUUUUUAUUCACACUUGUUUUGUAUCACAGGUGGCAUAUCAGAGCUACUGUUAAUAAAGCUUUGAAUAACAAACAAUCGAAGCCACAGUUUAUACAUAUACCUGGAAUUCAAGAACCGACGUAUGUAGCGCCGGCUCUGGUUGACGAUAUCAUGAGGAAAAUUGAAGCUAACGUCCAACACAGUGUACAAGUAUUGAAUGCUGUUAUUCAAUUGACAGAGAUAAAACCCAAAAUGUUGACGUUUGACACAUUUCAAAUUUUAACUGAAGACAGCUCGGAGAUAAAACAAAAUUGGGAAAAUAUGCAAGACAUAUCUGUCGAAGAAUUCAAGUGUCAAAUUCAUUACGAUUUGGCAACUAUUUAUUUACUGAGAGAAGAAUAUGAUAUCGCUAAAUACCAUAUUACUCAAGCAAGAGAUUUGUUUAAUAAUUUAACGUCACUAAAAACCAAAAUGUCGUAUUGCCGAGUACAAAAAGACGUUUUGGACGGCUAUUGUCGCGCGACCAAUGUCGCUAUUGUGGGAGUUGAACUUUCUUUGACUCAACAGUUACAUAACUCCGUUAAAAAUAAUUAUGCUGGAAUAUUAGAUAUAUUGAAAGCCGACAACAUUGCAAGAGAAAUCCCAAUGAUUUACAGGGAUAAUUUGGAGUUGGAUAUAGAAGGAGGCGUGGCGAAUAAUAAAAUUGUCGUUCCCAGAGAUUUGUUAUUGAAUGUUCAAUGUUUAAAUUUAGUGAAAAAAAUUCUAGAUAAUGUUAUAGUACAAGGGAAUUAUAUUACUGAAUUAAAGCGCUCUAAAUCCGUCAGCUUGGAUAUACUCUUUCCGGCAAUUGACAGCGUUCUAGUGAGUGCUUCUACGACAGAUAAGCAACGGAUAGCUCGUUAUCUCUUAUAUUUAAUAACGAUGACUGAUACAAUUGAGCUGUCUCGACGUAUUUUAGCUAAUAAGUCCUACAAAUCAUUAUUUGAUGGUGAACAACUCGAAGAAAUAAGGACACAGGGCGCGCCAGAGGUAACCGAGCUGCCUGCAUUAUUAUUAAAUAACGACUGGGGAGUUUCUCUUACAACUUACAACCAAAGUAAAAAGUUCCACAUAUUUGAAUUGGAGAGACAGUUGAUUCACUCGUAUGAUCCUGUUGAAAUUCGAGACUUGUUGAUAAAAUUGGACAGACAAAGCUCGAUGAAUCCACCUAGCCGAGCGAAAAGCCGCUGGGAGAUACCCAUCCCGUUACAAAGCGUGGUUAGUAGUCUUCCGCAUGGCUUGUAUCAAGAUUAUACAUUUAUCUUGUUAGCCAAGAGCCGCGAAUUGACGAGUGCAAAAAAUUUAAAGGAUGCGAAAGCUCUUUUGAAUGCUAUUGAAGAUGAGAUACAAGUUCAUAUAGCCACACAAAAUCCAAAUCUGAUAAAUCUGUCGUAUAAAUUGUCCAAGAUGAUCAGCUGGGAACUUAUUUUAGUUGAAAUUUUACAGUAUUACAAUUCGUGGAACGCUAAUUUAACUGUAAAUUCAACUGUCGAAGACACCAAUCUCCUUGAGUUAGUAGACAAAUGUAAACAAUGUCUAGCGAAUGUACGAGAAACAGAUCAAGCUAUUCCUCGACAAGAAAUAAUUGAAUAUUGCGUGGUAUUUUUACUUAAUAUGGCUGAAUGGGAUUAUUUUUGUGGGAUGGAUAAACGUUGGAAUCAGUGCGACUUUGCCGCGGCAAUAAGUAGCGUUUGUCAAGAAAUUGUUAAACAGAAAGGCACACGAAAGUUUCCGAGAGAAGCAUGGGACUUGCUGCUUGUUACUUUCGGACCACCUAAAGAUUUACCGCAAAAACGAAGCAGCACCAGUGGAAAUAGCGGGUCUUCUACGACUAUUUCUAUCGGUGGUAGCGGUGGUACUAAAGAUAUUAUGAAUAACACUAUUACCAGUACGCUUCUAAGACUAAGAGAGCCCACAGCACUUGCGGUUGCCAUUUCAUUGUUGGCACGAAUACACAAUGUCUUGCGGGAUGAAUCAAGUCUUGAAUUGUACACGCAAUAUCUUACUCUUUGGCCAGCCAGUAUAUCAAACGCUAAUUCUUACAACAUAAGGAUGAUCAGCGAAUUUUUACUCCAUUUAUUGACUCAAGCGUUAAAAUGUUAUCCAACAAAUGUUCAUUUCUUACGAGCUAUGGGCGACCUUAAUUUCAUAUUGACGUAUUACGAGAGUGCAAUGAAGUAUUACCUUGAAGCGAUUAUGGUAGAAAGUAAUUUAUUCAGUCAAAGAGUCCCAGGACACCUGCAACCGAUGUAUUGGCGCAUGAUUAAAUGCUGCGCGCAUCUCCAGUGCUACACACAGGCGACCGUAUUAUGUCAAUUUUUAGAAGAAAUUAAUUAUUCACUGGCCUUCAAAAUGGCAUCCAGCGACCAAAAGAGUUGCGCGUCAACCGAUGCAAUGGACGCUUACUACCACUGUAUUUGGGACACUACCAUCCUGGAGUUUCUGAUCCACCUGCACUCAAAGCGUGGCGAGCAUCACAGAAAACAAUUGGCCAUAAAAGUUAUCGGGAUGCUCGAAUUAAACUCCAAUAAUAAUGACGAAAUCCAGAGAGAGGCAGCGAAUAUUCGCAAAGCCAGAUUUUUCCGAGCGCUAGCAAAACAAUAUGUCUAUUAA